AGUACUCCUCCUCACAGACUACCGUAGUGUUCAGUAAGUGUGUGUGUUUACCGGACCAUGGCAGAAGUCGCACCAGCACCCGCCGCCGCCGCGCCGGCCAAGGCACCCAAGAAGAAGGCAGCGGCCAAGGCCAAGAAAGCGGGACCCAGCGUAGGCGAGCUCAUCGUCAAGGCGGUGUCCGCAUCCAAGGAGAGGAGCGGCGUGUCCCUGGCCGCGCUCAAGAAGAGUCUGGCGGCAGGCGGCUACGACGUGGAGAAGAACAACUCCCGCGUCAAGAUCGCCGUCAAGAGCCUCGUCACCAAGGGCACCCUGGUCCAGACCAAGGGCACCGGUGCCUCCGGCUCCUUCAAGCUCAACAAGAAAGCCGUCGAGGCGAAGAAGCCCGCCAAGAAAGCCGCGGCCCCCAAAGCAAAGAAGGUGGCCGCCAAGAAGCCCGCCGCGGCGAAGAAGCCCAAGAAGGUAGCAGCCAAGAAGGCCGUGGCCGCAAAGAAGUCCCCCAAGAAGGCCAAGAAGCCCGCUACACCCAAAAAGGUCGCCAAGAGCCCAAAGAAGGUGAAGAAGCCCGCCGCAGCGGCCAAGAAGGCGGCCAAGAGCCCCAAGAAGGCUACCAAGGCAGCGAAGCCCAAAGCAGCCAAGCCCAAGGCAGCCAAGGCCAAGAAGGCAGCCCCCAAGAAGAAGUAAAGCUAUUCCAAACGGUGUUCGACUCGACACAU